AUGACUGACUGCGAAAAUGAGAUUUCGCUACCUGAUGACCUGCGUUUUUUGAGUGGGGAAGAAGACAAACCACUGUGCGCAGUGUGUCGCUCGAUAUCCUUUUCACAAUUGAGGUCGAGUUCCGGAUUCGAGUAUAAGGGCGGAGAAAAAUCAAUAUCUGGCAAGGAAACUUUCUGUCCCCUUUGUAUGUUCUUGCGAGAUUUUGUGACCGAGAAGUUGACUUCACACGCUGCGAGAAAGUUCUCAUUCGGAAAAGAGCAAUGGCUCCGGCUCCGUGUUGAUCCAUACACCAGACGGCUGCAAUUUCCAGAUAUACGUAUCGCAAUCUUGGAUGGCGACUACGAAGUCGAUGACGAGAAGUCACAAAAUAGUGCCACGGCCCCUGACUAUUCUCCAUCUCGUCUCGACAGAGCAAAGAAGAGUCUCAGGAUUGACCUACAUAUUAACAAUCUUGCUUGCGAUAUAGUGGUUUCUCUGACUGUGGAUCCUUCAUCUCCAAUAUCUCAUCUUUUCCAUCGAAAGACAGUCCCAGAUGAUGCAAGUUCAGACGUCAGUUUCAGCAGGAUUCAGAGUUGGAUUAUGAAAUGUGAUCCAAUGAAGUGCAUGACAGAAUACACCUCCCCCGAAAACCUACCAACGAGACUUAUUGAUGUUGGCACAACCACGUGUAAAGACUCACUUCGAUUGAUAAUUACUGCGGAAACGAAUAUUGUUCCCCACGAGAGUCGAUACAUUGCAUUAAGUUAUUGCUGGGGCUCAAAGUCAACUGCUCCAUCCAUCACAACAACAGCGGUUACGCUAGCGUCAAGACAAAAUGGCCUGGUCUACGACGAAUUACCGCGCACCUUUCAGGAUGCAAUUUUGAUGGCUCGAAAAUUAGGGGUUCGAUACCUGUGGAUAGAUGCGUUAUGCAUCCUACAAGGAAAAGACGAAGAGGCGAGAGCGGAUUGGCGAAAGGAAUCAUCACGAAUGGCUGAAGUUUACAGCAGAUCAUACUUGACGAUAGCAGCUGCAAGUUCCUCGAACGUUCAUGGUGGUAUACUGAAAAGGAAAUUGCCGGAUAGCGUAAGCAAAAGCGUCAAGUUACGGCUCUCUUCUUUCGAGGCCCCAGAAUACAAUGGAGAGGUAUCUUUGGGACCUGUUAGACAAUUCCGCGAAUGCAUGGACGAGCCGUUAUAUCGACGAGCUUGGACUUUACAAGAACGAGUCCUAUCAUCCAGAGUCCUAAUCUGCAACAUCGAUCAAUUCGUGUGGGAGUGUCAAUGCAGGAGCGAGACAGAGAGUGGAAUCGAAAUGGCUCAUGUCGGUGCCAUAAGACUCAACACUAAACACGACCUUGACACGCCUUUGAACAGCUUUCGGGAUGCUUGGCAAUGCAUCGCUACGGACUAUUCUGCAAGACUACUUUCGGUUUCUAGCGAUAAACUGCCUGCAAUCUCUGGUCUGGCAAGGAAGUUCUCCGAAGUACAUGACCAUAUCGGCGGACGCUACAUAGCAGGAGUUUGGGAGAAUAGUCUUCUCGAUGAUCUGCUAUGGUCACAUGCGCCCAUAGAUAUUGGCCACAAUGUACCGCGAGGAAGACCAAAUUGUUAUCGAGCACCUUCUUGGUCGUGGGCGAGUGUCGAUGGAAACGUUCGAUGGUUUGGGGCCGGGGAAAAUGGGGUUGGGCCUUAUCACAUUACCGUCGUAGAUUACCGUAUCGACUAUGUGGACGACGAAGACUCUUACGGCGGUGUUGUAGGCGGAUUUCUUAAAGUUGCUGGUGUUCUGACACGAUCAAAGAUCACAAAGAGCUUGAAAAUGAAUGACCGCUGGUCAUGGUAUGGACCAGGCCUCGGUUCCCAACCUCUAGUUGAUAUUGUAAUUGACGGACGACCGAAAACAUUGUCUUCUAAUUGCUUUCUGGACGUGAGUGUUGUCCCGGGACUUUCGGAGCUGGAACAUAGGCGUGCCUCGACGGGAAAUGAUGUUGAUACCUGGAUUUUACGGGUUAGAGAUGAGGCUUACUUGCUUUUAGUAGCUUGUGGGAGCGAGACGCCUGGAGAGCUAAGGAAAUUUCAAAGAUUGGGUGUUUUGUUUCGUGAGAAAUUGGGGGAGACCUAUAUUGCUGAAGACGCUCAAGAGGAGGAGUUUCUCCUGUUAUGA